ACAAAUCUCAGAGCCCUCCUAAGUAGAUUGUGCAGUCGAUAUGCUCGCCUUAUUCUCUAACCACCAAAAACGGAACAUAACGGAAAAAACUGUAAAAGCUGAAGCAAGUAACACAGCACCAACACCCUUUCCCGGAUAUUGAGGUACUAGUGAGCGUUUCCAAAUGGAAAUUUCAAAUUGCCGACUCAGUUGCGCUUGUCAUUAAGUUCAACCAAGGAGAGAAUGCUCCAUUUGACGAGACUAAAGAUAUCCGAUCAGCUUACUGAAAUUCCUCAAAAGCUAAAUUUUUCUGUCAUUAACGUCCUUAAAUUAUCCAGCCAAAUACUUCUGUUGUCAGAAUCCAGCAUUGAAAUUGAUACAAUCACCAGAAUAAUUAACAACCAUCCUUACCCUGAUCAACCACUUCAACCGACUCUUCUCCAGCACAUCCCACCACAAGUUCUUUCCACCAGUUUUGUGGAGAAUGUUCUUGGUCACCUUUUCGCAGCCCAUUCCAAUGGUCUUAAAGCCCUUGAAUUCUUCAAUUAUUCCCUCAGUCAUUCCCAGUUAUGUCCAAGCUCAGACGCUUUUGAAAAGAUGCUGCACAUCCUUACCAGGAUGCGUUAUUUUGAUAAAGCGUGGGAGUUGAUGGCAAAACUAAGCAGGACGCACCCUUCCUUGCUUACCCUUAAGUCAAUGAGCAUCAUUCUGUCAAAAAUAGCAAAAUUCAAAUCGUAUGAAGAUGUCCUUGAAGCAUUUGAAAAAUUGGAGAACGAUAUUUUUGCUGGGAGGAAGUUUGGUACUGAUGAGUUCAAUGUACUCCUCCGAGCAUUUUGCACAGAAAGGCAGAUGAAGGAGGCACGUUCAGUGUUCAUGAAGAUGUGUUCUCGCUUUCCACCCAACACCAAGACCAUGAAUAUUUUGCUCCUAGGGUUCAAGGAAUCAGGAGAUAUUACUGCAAUAGAACUCUUUUACCAUGAACUGGUUAAAAGAAGCUUUAAGCCAAAUAGUAUUACUUAUAACAUUAGAAUUGAUGCUUACUGUAAGAAAGGUUGCUUCGCUGAUGGAUUGAGACUUUUUGAAGGAAUGGAACGGGAAAACUUGUCACCUACGUUGGAAACAAUCACUACACUGAUCCAUGGAGCAGGGGUUGUUCGAAAUCCAAUGAAGGCACAGCAGUUAUUUGAUGAGAUUCGCUUGAGAAACUUGCUUCCGGACACUGGCUCUUAUAAUGCUUUGAUGAGUUCGCUUAUUAGAUCAAGACAUCUGAAGUCCGCGGUCGCCUUGAUGGAUGAGAUGGAAGAGAAUCAUAUUGAGCAGGACGAUAUGACUUACCACACCAUAUUCUCUGGCUUGAUGAGGACAUCUGAUAUUGAAGGCGUUUCUAGGCUAUACCACAAAAUGGUUGAUAGAAGUUUUGUGCCCAAAACACGAACGGUUGUGAUGAUAAUAAAAUUUUUCUGUGUAAACCAUCAGCUUGAUUCGGGUUUGCAUUUGUGGCGAUACCUAGUGGAGAAAGGAUAUUGUCCUCACAGUCAUGCAUUGGACCUUCUGGUAACGGGAUUGUGCUCCCGGGGUAGGGUAAACGGCUUUGAGUGCUCCACACAAAUGGUGGAGAGGGGUAGACAUAUGAGCGAAGCAUCGUUUCGGACAUUGGAGAGCUUGCUGCUUCAGGAAGGUGAGAUGGACAAGCUGAGGAAGCUGAAGCAGAUGAUAAAGAAAUUGCAGAAGGUGUUGCCCCAAGUAAAAGGGCAUACUAUUGCAGAUCCUGCACAUUCAGACAGAGAGUUGUAGGGAUGUUCUUUAUUUUUUAUGUCUUCUCAAUGUACUGAAUUGAUAUCAUCCAUGCUUAGUCACAAAAACAAUCACUUGGUUAAAAGAGAAAAAUUUAGAAGUGCUUUUUGGCAGCCAAAAGCACUUUUGAUUGUGAUUUACAGAAUAAUUUAGAAGCGCUUUAUAGAGAAGCACAUGUCUUAUGCUUUUUUAUGGAUCACUUCAAGUGGUUUUCUAAUAAGAGAGUUACUAGAUCCA